GAAAACAAGCAAAUCCACGCAUGCGCAUUCAGGUGUCAGACUUUGGCUUAUUGAGAUGUGGUGUUUGAGAACAUCGUCACUGUUGAGCCGUACUUCGUCUGUUUUCUCUUCUAUUACACGGCCAGUUGCAUUAGCUCCGAUCAUUUGUCAACGAUCCCCCCAUGAGGGACUUCAGUCUCGCGCUAGUCAUACGGAUGUCGUAGUUCCUGACUUUUCUGCCUAUCGCAGAACGGGAGGCGGCCAACAAUCCGAUGUUGAAAGUCGACUGAUAAAUUACGGCCUCAUCCUGGCUGGAAGCGUUGUCGCCGUUUAUCUUGUGAAGAAUCUCCUAGGCAGCUAUCUAUCGACGAUGAAUCCUUCUGCAGACGUAAGGGCACUCGCCACAACCGAGGUGAAUUUAUCGAUGAUACCAGAAGGGACAGGCUCGACCAUAAUUUGGCGCGGUAAGCCAGUAUUCGUUCGGCACCGAACUCCGGAGGAAGUUGAAGGCGUACGCCAAGUUGACAUCAGCACUUUGAGAGAUCCUCAACGAGACGAAGACAGAGUGACGAAAUCCGACUGGCUUGUAGUGGAGGCCACGUGCACGCAUCUUGGGUGUGUACCGAUAUCCCAUCAAGGCGACUUCGGUGGUUACUUCUGCCCUUGCCAUGGAUCUCACUACGACGCUUCGGGAAGAGUACGCAAAGGCCCAGCUCCAUUGAAUCUCAACGUACCAGAGUACACAUUUACUGACGACAAGAGUUUGCUGAUUGGUUCCUGAGGUGUACUGGUAGCUCAGCUGCUCAGAUUUUGUUUAAUAUGUAAUCUGCUAAACUAUUGUCAAUAUGUCAAUACUAUUAUUAGAACAUUGCGCGUAUAGCAGUUGUGCGUCUACUAGUCUGACUUUUUCAGUGCUCCUAAUUUCAUUGCUGUCGAUUGUCUGGGUUCUGCAGCUCUUUUCUCUUU